CUUGAGGUCACUCGAAAACGGGUUUGGCGAGAGUGGGCCCCCGUGCGGAAACGAGCGUCGUCGCCGUACUGCGCGGAUGUGUGUGUGCCAGCAUCGAAUCGGCCAGCGAGCUCGGACCACCUAACCGCCGGAUUUUGCGUGCGCGAACCCGAAAGCCCAUCGAAGGAGAGCGCUGCGUUCUUCUGAAGAGACAACGCCUGGUCGAACCCAUCCGACGAACGAAAACCGAAGUCGCCCACGGCCUCUAGUCCAUCGACAUGCAGCCAAGGCUACCUGUGAUAAUAUUAUUGGCGUUCCUGGGGACAUGCACAACUGCACAGGAAGACACGGCCGUCUCGGCAAAGAUUGAGGGCGGCGAGGCGUCGGACGUGAACAUCGAAUGCAACAGCAACAACAUCCAGGUGACGCUGGAGGCGACGCACGACUUCAAUGGCAUGAUCUACCCCAAGGGCCUCUCCAAGAACUCCACCUGCAUGGCCGAGUACAGCAAUGUGCGCGACAAGAUCGUUUACACACUGCCCCUCCGCUCCUGCAACACCAUGAGCACCGAAGUGGAUGAAGGAGUGGAGUACUUCAACACCGUGGUGGUGCAACCUCACCGAAAGCUGGUGACAAACCAGGGUCGUGGAUUUCAUAUCCGAUGUCGGUACCAGACUAAAGAGAAAACCAUCACCAACUUUUUCAACGUCAGCAUGCUGGGAACGACGCCUCUGGUGGCCACGGCACCCAUGCCCGGAUGCAGCAUGAAGAUCUUCGUUGGCGACUCUGAGGAAGAAGUCAUAGCCGAGAAUGUCAAGAUCGGAGACCCGCUCACUCUCGUCAUCAGCAUUGACUACCAGGAAACCUACGGCAUGCGUGUUACGAACUGCCUCGUGCGCGACGGUCUCAACUGGGGCGAGCAGCCACUGAUCAACAACGAAGGAUGUCCCGUGGACAGCGAGAUCCUGGGCCCGUUCGAGUACACGAUGAACAAGACCCGCGCUUCGGUCACCUUCCAGGCGCACAAGUUCCCCUACACUUCGUCCGUCUACUACCAGUGCAACGUGCGACUGUGCCUCAAGUCCAGCGGUGGCUGCGAUGACGUGCCUCCCGACUGCAGCGACGUUCGCCACAGUGUUCGUCGUCGACGUGACGUCGAGGCCAAGGGAGACCUGACCGCCCUGGAGAAAGCCGAGCAAGACGUGCGCGACCUCAGCAUUGAGGUCUUCUCUGGCCUGUACGUCAACGAGGUUACCGACGCCGAGGACCCAGAAGUAAGCUCUCGGCCUACGUCGUCCGCCAGUUCUUCGGACCACGACUUCUGCGUGUCCUCGCGAAAGUUCGCCAUCGGCAUCGCCAUCGCGGGCGUGCUGCUCAUGCUGGCGGUGAUGCUCCUGGUGGCCUGCAUCCUGCAUCGCCGCCGCCGCAGGAAGGGUUCCAGCACCGCCGGCAGCUCCAUCUACUCCGGGCCCUACUCCAACCACGGAUACUCGAGGGAAUAAGCUGUCCACGCACCGGGAGUCACUCGCUCUACAAUAUCGCAGUCAGCUUUUGAAACCCCCGUCCUUCUCGUUUCCUGAGCUGAUUGCAGUAUUAUAGAGGCCAAAAUAGUGUUUUGCUGCUCAGAUUUGUUCCUCUGUCAACUGAAAUGUAUAGGGCGAGUACUUUCAGCAAUUAGCUGAUAGUAUUAUAAGACACUGUUCCUGAAGACAACAAACAGUUGUUUGCACGUCGCCAAAUGCAGGCAGGCUGCAUUGUGUCACAAAGUGCCAACACCGAAUCUGAGUGAGUCUGUUAUUCGACCAAUAGAUGCGAUUUCCUGUUUUUGCCAGUCCAACAUUACAGACCUGAACUUGUCUUACGGUUGGGUGCCGACGCAUCAAAGAAAUGUUUCAGUCGCCACACGAAGUUGUUUUCAGGUCCUUCCGAGUGACUCCUGGCGCGAAGUCGGAAGAACAAAGGCGUUUGUGCUGGCGUGACUUUGUUCGUCUUCUUCGGCUACAUACUACAAUACUGCUCCCGUUUAUGGUGUUGUUAAUUCUUUCCAAAACAAUUGCUAAGGUGCCGAUUUGAAAACUGUCAUUUUAGAGUUACAGUCGAUCGCGAAUAUUUUUUUUCUUUACCAUACAUGAUUCGGAGGGUAUUAUCACAGGCCUUGAAAAUCCGCCACUGCAUUGCAGUACACCAGGUAGCUCUAAGACGUCAUCAGCUUAGGUUCUCGGCAGAAUAGGCUAGAUAUUAGGUCACACAAAGUGGUUAAGUAGCUAUCGCUCCUUUAAAUGCGUUGAAAGUUCGAAUGAGGAUGCCUGGUCAGCUGUACCUUGUAGAAAUUGGUAUCUUGUAGAUAUCGGCAGAUGCGUUGUAGAAAUUAGCUUUGCAUCUUCCAAAUUAUAUGUCCGCCGGCUAAGGUUUUAUUCGUUUCGGCUCUGAAAAGGUUAAACGGAAAUUGACGCGCUCUCACAUUGCACAGCAACUGCAGCCUGUGUAGCCAUUUUUCUUUAACGAAGCAUGUGCUUGACGUGAGAACAUAUACGCGUUGCCUGCCAAAUGAUGCAAUGUAUAUUCAAGCACUUGACUCCUUUUUUUUUCUAUCUUACACUUGUAAAGAGAAGUCUGAAAGCCCAAAAUAAGUAGUGCACUUAACCGAGAGAAAAAAUGCCGCUAGGUUUUAAAUUUAAUGAUCCACUCAGACCGUGGGCAGAAGAAUAAGUAGAUGUCUUUAUUUAAGUGCUCUCAGUAUGUUCCCAGUUUACACGAGGAGCCAAGUGUCAAGCAACCUUUUUUUAAUAUCGAAUACUUCAUGUGUUGAUAAUUGACCAUUUGCGCUGAAUUAAAGAACAUCGGUAGAUAACAGAGAAAACAAACUGUAACAACAUUGAAGGCAUUUUUUUUCAUUGCUAAUUUAUACAUUAUGUCAUACUUCCAGUUACUUACCUAGUUCACGUCAUUCCUGCCACGCCUUGUCCUGCUCGAGCAAUGUGCUCUAGCAAGCAUGAGACGCUGAAGGUGUGACCAUGUCAUGUAUAGCGUUGUAAUAGCGCCUACUUUGCUUAUACUGAGAACAUAAUAGUUACUGGUAAUGUGUGAAAACAAAAGCACAAAUUGUAGCAAAGUCUCAACCUCCUUUCGAACAAAUGUGGUGGCCACUUCCGAACCUAUUUUUCUGUUGGGCGGCUCAGACUACUCUAACCUUUAAAGAUUUCUAUUACUCUGCUCUUCGAAACAGGCACCGGUAUCCAAUAAGAGUACCAUGCACUUAAAAUGUUCAUUGUUGUACACAGGGAUGGUCUACGUUUCUCGCUUGUGGAACACAGGUGGCAUGCAAUUUACAGCUGGCUCUGAAAGCUUGCAUUUCAUUGCAAACCGUACCUGGUCGGAAAAGGCUUUCAUUGACUACGCAUGUCAUGAAUGAAUGCACUGUCAGGCUCUGACAAAUCUUCAUGUAUGCUGUCUUAAUUUAUUUUGAUCUAACUGGUUAGAUUGAUGACACACGGUGGUGAACCGUCCAGCCCUCAUGACAGGCAGCUAUAGCCGAGCACGCAUACUGGUGUAGUGCCAAAAGUUUAUGUUUCGCUUCUUGCUUAGCUCUAAAUUCACGAGUGCACCACUCAUGCGCACAAAUUCCCCGCCAAGGGAUGCUUGGUCGGCAGUGCACGCUAGCAAAGCGCGUUUGUCAUGGCAAACGUUCUACUACAAUAUGAAAGGCAAGCAUGACUUCUAAUACGUACACGUGUUUCUUUAAUGUUUCUGUUUAGCCAUUAGGCUAUACACAAACAUGCGAGUCACUUUUAAAAUCGAAGGUUCGUCAGCCCCGAACAGAAACGCAGUUGUCCCCACAGAAGCAUCAGCAGACGUUCUGGUUUAGUUGGGCAGGCUCUCUCAAGGCACCGAAACCCGAGCACUGCGUUCGUUGGUGCGGUGUGUGUGUUUUUCACUCGGAGGUUUUCUUGGCGCUAUGUUCCAGCGCUGAUGCCAAGGCGCAUAAAGCCAUGGCAUCAGAUCUGCCCGACCAAGACAUGCGAACAUAACAAAAUGCACCCUCCGAGCUCUAGGGACACGCUUCAACCGGCCGGCACCACUAAUGUGUCAGUCCGUGGCUAAGGUCUGCAUGGCAUUCAACUUGUAUUAUUGUUAUGAGCCGUAACCACACGUGAUUGUCCGUGUGCUUGGUGUCGGGGCCUCGUAUUUCGUUUGGUGCGUGCACAUAGUCAGCGUUCUUUUCUUUACAUUUUUUUUUCCUUUUUUGUAUCUGCAUUUGUACCGUUCUUGUGUGUAUAAGAGUCGAGGACACCGUGUAAAAUGCAGCCAUUCUUCGACGGUGCGAAGCGCCGCACAACUGCUCUCGCGAGACGCGUGUGGUAGCCUCGGACUCGAACGUAAUUACAACAAUUAACGAUGCGCAUGUGGGUCCUUUCGCCGCGUGUGUUCUUGUUUAUUUAUAGGAAGAUCAAACCUUGCGCCUGCUUAACUUGCACCAUGAUUUGACCUUUUUAUUGCAAUACAAAAAUGCACUAGAACCGCCGAGGAAUUGUUGCCUUAUUUUUAAGCGUUACAGUGUCAAGUAUAACCGACAAUAUGACGCAAACAUCGAGAAUAACGCCUAGAUAUGAUGGAGUUUCUCGCUUGACAAGAAUGGCGGCGAUUUAUGCACUACGUUUAUGUGUACUGACGCACAGGCAUAUCUUUCCACGAUGCAGCAGCACCGAUAAAAUUUUGCAGCUGUGGGGCCUGAAGCGCACGUCCCAAAAAAACCUGCACGGUGCAGAUUGGCGAUUUCACGCUCAAGACUGAACUUGCGUGGGCAGCGGCAGAUAUGCCAAGUGCUGCAUGCGAUGUUUACAGCAAGACGGGCCUCACGAUGUGCAGUUGAAUGCACGCAACCCUUGGAGAGUGGCUGCAGAAGCGAUCGACUGUCGUCAGUGCAGAGUAAUGUCUGUUUGCGUUACUCGUUCUCCUACUUCUGCCAUGUCACUGUCUUGGCUAUCUGAGUUUUUUUGUCUCUAAAAUCAUUUGCACUGAAUGAAAUUUACUGACCCACUAAAUGUUCAUACAUAUUCGCAUUCAUGUGUCGAAAAUUUCGUUACUGUUGUCCAGUAAAACUGAGCGAGAAUGUGCCCACUGUGCGCACUUCAAGACAAGCGGGCAGCUUCUCUUCUGCUUGGGCGAAGAGCGCUGUUUCUUGCUGGAGAAGCCUCCAGCGAGCAAACAGUAUGUGAAGGCGCCGUCGUAGGUCGUCCAGCAGUGUUUUGUACUGGUGCUAUUGUAGCUAGGAUUUACGAGGAAAAAUAUUUUUCUGCUUUAUAUUUGCCCACGGGACAUUUCACGAGGAGCUCACGAAUCCGUGCAUGUGCUAGCAUAUGCAAGCAAAGUUAUCAACUAUUCUGUGUUUUUCCGGGUUCCCGUACUGCCAUUCUAUUUUGCUGUGUUCGUUCGUGCUGUACCACUGCCAGAACAGAUAACUGCCUCCUUCUUACUAGCCAGUUCUAAGGAAACCGCAUGCUCGUUGAACGAUGUUGCAAUGUGUGUUGUUCAGGUUAUCAGACAGCGAAUGAUUUACGUACUGGGAAUCAAGCAGUGCAGAAUCCACAAAAGGAGACAAGAAGAAGCUCUGUCUGCUAACUGAAGUGUCUUAUUCACCCAACGGGGCUUUAAUUCACUCAAAGGGGACACCAAGAAAAACGCGAGUGAAACACUGGACAAGAGUAGAAUUUUAUGUACGCCAUAAUUGCAAGCCAUGUCACGCUUCUUGUUCUUUUUCGGGCGUGUUUUGGUUUCCCUUUUAAGUGGAUUAUAUUCACCUUGCAUGAAUAAAACCUUUCAGCUGAAUCUUCCAUUUUCAGCAAAGUUUGAUUACCAGUGACGUACGAACUAGCUCACCAACACGCAAUAUUAAAUUUAUGUAUCAAUGAAAAAGUCACACAGGGAAUGCUACGCGCAGCUCUACACGUAUAAGUGCCGCUGAGAUCAAUUCAACGACUGCCCUGCAACCACGUCACUGUUGUUCCUUUUUGUAGUAAACAAUUUUCUCUCCGCGCAUAUGUGAACCUUUUUUUUUUUUUUUUGUAGCACGAAUGUCCAUGGCACGCUUGUGUACAGAACGUAGUUAUUUCUUUAUGUACAUCUACCUGUGAACUUUUUUUUGUGAAAGUGAAUAAAAUGUCUUUCAGGGUACA